AUGGAUAUCACUGUUCGUAAGCCCAGUGGCGCCUCUUUCGAUGUGAAGGUUGACUUGAUGGACUCGGUAGUGGCCUUGAAAGCUGCCAUCGCUGCGCACACCAAGGUCGCGGUUUCCCGGCAGAAGCUUCUCUUCCGUGAGAAGAUCCUUCUCCUUUCGACGCCAAUUUCCGCAUUGUGUGCUGGAGAAGGUCGUCCAGAGGUCCUGCUGCUGGUAAGUUCUAGCUGCACCCUGGCAUCUCACAGCCACAGCCCACUGGUGAUUUGGGACAGUGAUGCGCAGAUAGCGUGUUGCCCCGACCUCGCCAGAGAUGCCGACUUCCAAUUCCAGUCGGCAGAGGAUGCCAUGCGGCUGGACGACGGGGAGAUCUAUGUCCUGCAAAGGUCGGCGAAGUUUGACGGACUCCACUUUCUUCAGCUCUGCAGGGCUUCGACGGAGGUGUGCCGGUACUCUUUGCCUCCACACUGGAUCGACGAGGGCAUGUUUGCUGAGUUUUCACCGGAUGGUGAUUUUGUCAUCGCUGGUGCCAUUGGAGACUUGCUCGUUUGGCACACAUUGAGUGGUGCAGCACUUGUCCGGAGUGAUGGUGCGGAGUGGACUGGAAGUUUGUGCUCCUUGCAGCCCGGGAUUGCUUUGAUUGAGUCGGCCAAUCUCACCUCUCGAGAGCUACAGCUUUGGGAUCUGCCUACUGGCACGUGCAGACAAUCCUGGCAACAGGAGGCAAGCUGGACCAUCAGCCCUGCCUACCUGCUGUCAGCAUCGGGAGCGUGGAUUGCGGCAUGGGACUACACGGGACCAUUGGCAGUCUGGGCAGUGCAGCACGAUGGCAGUCGCAACCCGCGCAGCUUCUCAGACCUCAGUGUGCACCAGGCAGCUUUUUCGCCAGAUGAGAAGGAGAUUGUAGUCGUGCAACUUGACAUAUAUACAAGCCCUCGGGUCCAUCCUUCUCAGUCGUUUGUCGUUUACCUUCGAAAACCAUCGGCAACACGAGAGUUCAGUCCUGAGGAUGUUUGA